AUGGCUGAGCAGAGCAGCAGGGUAAAUCGAGUUGAUGACAACCAGGACGGCGUGGCAGAGGUACUGACACCGACCGAGGCUCGAUGUGAGCCGACCGAGUGUGGGCAAAUUUUGCGGCUGCCUCAAAGCCACCCCUCGAAGCACCACCAAUCACAAACGGGCAACGAUGCCACUGCAGAACCAGCCUCGGAGGCGCCGGUCACCCUUUGCGGCCCGAUUCUCGACCCCUCACUACGGCAUCUCACAGUUGAUGCCUUUGGGGCAACAAAACAGCCGGCCUGA